UGUUUCCCGGGGUCAUGUCAUGACUCGUGGGUAUGGUGGGGGAGCCCUCUCCGUCAGCACCUGGAAGCAAAACUGCGGCUUGCUUGGAGACUCCAGCUAUCCAUUAGAACCGUGCCUCCUGACACCAGUGCCCGGACGACCAGCUCCUGGCACCCCUGAGAACCACUACAACAAGGCCCACACCGCCAUGCGCACUGUUGUGGAGAGGUGCAUCGGGGUCCUAAAGAGCAGGUUCCAAAGCUUACAGCGUUAUCAGACCCUGCUCUACAAUCCCGAUCGAGCAGCCACCAUCAUUGCUGCUUGUCGGAUUCACUUGGACUCGGGCUCACUAAAACUCACUAAUGUAUUACACACCUGGACUCGCAGCUCGAUCUGA